GAGAUCAGUAAUCAGUAGCAACUGCAGCAAAUCCGGCACCAGAAUGAUCAAGACCGCGCUAAUCAUUUCCCUGCUCCUGGUGGCCGCCAUCCGCGCUGCAGAUGAAUCACAGGCCCAGACCAUCAGGUACCGCGAUGAGAUGAAGCCCGAUGGCUCAUACAGCUGGGAGUUUGGAACCUCCAACGGCAUCGACGCCCAGGAGACGGGAGUGGGUGGAGUUCAAGCUGCCGGAUCAGUGAGCUACACUGCUCCCGAUGGAACACCCAUCCAACUGCAAUACACUGCCGACGAGAACGGAUAUCGUCCGACUGGUGCUCAUCUGCCCACGUCGCCUCCCAUUCCGGAUUACAUCCUCAAGGCAUUGGCCUACAUCGAGGCCCAUCCAUUUAAGAGGAUUCAGCUGAAGAAGUAGUCCUUAAGCAUCUGAAAUAGAUUUAAUAUAGUAUUUGUAUAUAAAAUCAACUAAAUUUAAGAAAACCACCUUA